AUGACAAAAAGCCACUUGCAUGGAUGUGUGUUUGUUGUUGUGCUCUCACGGGAAUUCUGUGCACUGUGGCAGAUCAGGAAGGUGGACCGGGAGAUCCUUGAAGCUGUGCAGCAGCAAAGCAGCUCAGACAGUAGGGCGCGGCAGGAGCUGGGGAUUGUCCGCGGCCAGAUCCAAGAGCUCUUUGGAAGGAUACAUGAUAUCCAACGCAAGGCAGAGGACAGCGAGGCCAUGGUGCAGGAGAUCUGCAGGGACAUCAAGAAACUGGACUAUGCCAAGCAGCACCUGACUCACGCUAUCACAGCCCUGAGGCGCCUUGCCAUGCUUACAAAGGCAAUCCAGAGCCUGGAAGAGCUGCUGUACCAGCGGGAGUCGUAUCGCGAAUGUGCAAACCUGCUGGAGGCAGUGUCCCAACUGCGCGAUUACUUUGAGAAGUAUGGGCACAUACCCAAGAUUGGCGAGCUGACGGGGAAGCUGGAGAACAUUCGUAAUGCACUGCGGGCUAGUGUGUUUGAUGAUUUCAAGACGUUGUGGGGAUCUCUUGACUCAAGCCCUCCUCCAGAGACACUGGAGCGUCUGGCAAAUGGUUGCCUUGUGGCGAAUGCACUGGGCGUAAAGGUCAGCGAUGAGCUGGUGGGGGUUAUUUGCGACAGGGAAAUGAGAAUCUACCAGCAAAUUUAUGGUACUGUGGGAGAGGUUGCAAAGCUUGAACGCACUGAGCGGCGAUACCAGUGGCUUAAGAAGAGGCUAGAUGAGAGAGCUGCACAAUGGGCUGUGUUUCCUGAGUCGUGGAGGGCACCACAGCUUGUCUGCAUGGCCUUCUGCAAGGUCACGAAGUCGCAACUUGCUGAGAUCCUGGACCAGCAAUCUGAGGGUCUACGUGAGAACGUUGCCGGCCUUCUGAAGGCUGUGGUGGACACGAACAAGUUUGAAAAGGAAAUGACAGCAAGGUUUGGAGGCGGAAAGAUUGAGACUGACGACACUUCAGUUGAAGAGGAAGAGGCUCCCACAGAUGACAGCAUGUCUGCGUCAGAUGCCCGAAAGCGUCUGCAGGCCACACUGAAGAAGGCGAAGGAGAUGAAAGCAAUCGAGGAUGGUGUGGAGCAAGAACCAACCGACCUUGCUUCUGCCAGCUUGAAUUUCACAGACAGCAUUUCACUGGUGUUCGAGAAGCAUCUGAGGUACUAUGUUGAUGAAGAGUACCAAGAGCUUCUGGACUACCUCCGGUCAUGCAUACAAGAAGAGGAUGAGCGCCAUUGGAGGCCGAGUGAAGAGGCGGGGACAAAUGUGCUUCAGAGUGCAAACCAGAUCUUCUUCAGGAUUCGGAGCUCUCUGCAGCGCUGUGCUAAGUUCAUAUCCAGAGGGGAGCCACUAUAUUUGUUGUCAAGGGCUUUUCAGGGUGUCCUGGUUGGUUAUGCUGGGGAGCUCAGGAAGAGGCUCCCCAAGACUGCUGGCGGGCUGACAACGGUUGGCAGCUCAUUGCUUGGCGAGGAUUGGCAAAUAAAGCUGCCAAUAGAGGAGGAGCAAGUUGUCUGCAGCAUGCUGCAUACAGCUGCACAUUGCAGUGAAACAGUUGGCACUCUCAAGAAGGCCAUUCAGAGAGACAUAACCCCAGGUUAUGCAGACCAGAUCAACUUUGACAAAGAGGAAGAGCUGUUCCAGGGGCUGAGUGCACAGUGCCUCUCUGUUCUGGUCCUUGGCAUAAACACCCGGCUGGAUGCUGCAUUGACGGAAAUGACUAAGAUUCGCUGGGAUACCAUCGAAGCCACUGGAGAUGAGCUGAGCUAUGUCAGCACUAUCAGGAACGUCCUCAGAGAUUGCGGCCCCAGGCUGGGCAGUGACCUUGAUGAAGCAGACUUUGGCUUUUUCUGUGACAAGCUGGUGCACGGUUUUGUGCCUCGAUUCUAUGAAACGUUUUUCAAGCUAAGGAAGGUAACCAUAAAAGGAGCACUGCAGAUGGCAAUCGAUGGAGAGGCCAUCAAGACCUGCCUGCUGGGCUUCCCUCAGUCAUCAAAGGCUGGAAGCGUGCUUCCCUCCUAUGCAACCUUUGUUGAGCGGGAAAUGGGGGCGGCCAUCAGCCUCGUGAAGGUGCUGCAAUCUAAACCUGAGAACCUCGUCGACAACUAUUUGGUUCUCAUGCCAGACAGUGCUCAGCAUGUUGCCGAAUUUCAAAGAGCGGUGGAGCUCAAGUCUCUCAAGAAGUCCCUGCAGGUCGACAUCGUGAAUGUCUACCAAAAUCGCUUGAUGGGCAAGUCGCCAGGCGCGCCUGCUGCGCUGUCGAGACCCGGCAGGGCGCCUGCGCACCCCCAGGCAGCUGGCCGGGGGGGAUACAUGGCCUCCUUCACAUCCAGCAGUCGGAGCGCUUUGUUCAAGGGAAGCAAGACCAUGCAGGAGACUGCAUCAAGGACGCGGGAGAGCUUGGCGAGGAUGGCGAACCUCAUCCCAUCUAGGUUUUCUGCAACAGGGCCGGAUUGGACAGGACAAUGA